AUGAACUCAAUUAAUUUAGAUCAAUAUGGUAUAAAAAAUGAUCAAAAUAUACAAAUAAAUAAUAAUAACGAAAAUAAUUAUAAUAACGACAAUAACUAUAAUAAUGAUGAUGAUGAUGAAGAUGAUAAUUUUAAUGGCAAAGAUUCAAAUUUUAAAUUUGUUUUAAUAGAACAAGAAAAUUUUAUAGAUAGUGAGGGUUGUCUUAGUUUUAAAAAGCAAUAUCCAUCUAAACUAAGGGGUGUUAUGGAAGAAUUUGAAUUUGAAACCACUAUCGAAACUAUCAAUCAAGAUAUUAAAAAGAAUUUAACAAAAAGAAAUUUUUUAUAUAUAGGUGCAUUAAUUAUUGGACUACUCUUUAUCAUUGCUGCAGGGAUUAAAAGUGGCGAAAUAAAAUCAAAAGAUGAACCCAUCAGACCAGGUUUUGUCAUUUUAAUAAUCUGUGGUCUUUUAUUUUUCAUUUUGGGUGUUAUUGGUUGUGCUACCAAUAUCUAUUCAACAUCAACAUUUUCAAAUAGAAACAAUACAGUGAAGCUUGAAAAGACUUUAGAGAAAGUUUCAAAAUAUUUCGAAUCUCGUCAAAUUACACUUAUAUUAAAAAGUUCAUUUGUUGAAGAGUUAAUCGAUGAUGAAGAUGGAAUUGAUAAAAACAAUUAUAUUUUAAACAGGGCUUACAGAAACACAAUAUUUUUUAAUAAGAGCGGUCAAUCAUUUAGAUAUCAACAAUUUUAUUUUAUUCAAAUUGUAUUUCCAAGACAUUCACAAAAUUCAAAUAUCAUUUAUAAUGAAAAUAAUGAUCUUAAAAAUAUAGUAUAA